AUGACUAAGCAGCCCAAGGAGGAAAUAUCAAUAAAAGUGCCCGGAAGUGAUAAACCUUUGGCGGCCAUCAUUGAAGGCAGGUGGUAUUCUGUCGGGAAGAAUGGCAGACCAACAAUGGAGCUAAAGAACUCAAAGGAGGAGGGUUCAGAGACAGUGCUUCCAGAGGCCAAUUCUGCCAAAAAAGGGAAAGAGCCAGAAAUACUUCCCCAGACAGAACAAGCAAUCUCUCAACCACAGAAGUUGACGAAAGCAGAAUCCUCAGAGAAACCUUCUAUCCAUCCUGCCUCCACCUCAGAAGAUCUACUUAAAACUCCCCAACCAGAGGAAAAAACUGAUCCUAUUCCAGGAAAAGGACAAGAAGACUGGGCUGAGGGAUAUGAAGAGGAGCAGUUGGAUUAUGAACCAUCUGCAGAUGACCAGAAUGCGCUCCUCGGAACAGAAGAACUGGGAGAAUGGACGGAGGAAUACGAUGGAGAACAGAUGGAUUAUGACGGAGAGUUGGAUGCAGAAACUGAGGCCUUUGGUGCAGAAUUGGAGGACUUGUUACGUGCUGACCUAGGCAUCAAUAUGGUGUUCAUUCUGCCAGAAAAGUUCUGGGCGGUAGAGGGACAGAAGAGCACUCUGGACGGAGACGUAUUUUCCCAAGGAAGUUUUGAAUGCAGGUUGGCAGAAGCGGAAGAAAUGCCAGAACAGCAAACAGGCAAUCCCAGGACAGAAGGAACAACCAACAAGCUGGCUAUAGGUCAGCUUUGCUUCUCCAAACCAACCAAAGAAAUGGCAAACCACCUCAGACCCUUGUUUAUAACAGCAAACUUUGGGGGUGUUCCUAUCCCCAAAAUUAUGGUAGAUGGAGGUGCAGCCAUCAACCUUCUGCCUCACAGAAUGCUGAGCAAAAUGGGCAGAACAGAAAAGGAUUUAAUUCCAACCCGCCUGACCGUCACCAAUUUCGCAGGGGGCAUCACCAAAACCCUUGGGAUCCUGGACGUGGAUGUUUUAGUAGGAAGCAAGAAGCUGAAGGUUGCAUUCUUUGUGGUAGAUACUACUUCUACCACUUACAAUGCACUGCUUGGCAGAAACUGGAUUCAUCAGAGUCUAUGUGUUCCUUCCACUCUUCAUCAACAGUUAGCUUUAUGGAAUGAAGAAGGCUACAUGGAGAUAAUAGAGGCCGAUCCACGGCCAUUCCUACCUUCUGUCAUGUGUUGUGAGGCAAGGUACUAUCAUGAUGACCUUGGUCCUUUCACCUUCUUUGGAGUCAACCAGAACGGCCGCCCCCAUGGUGUCACGGCCCAGAGGCUCAUUGAAGAAGGUCUAACCAAUUCUUUGGAGGAUUGGAACAGACCUUUUGUUCUAAACUUCCAAAACUUUGAUGUUUAG